UUCAAAUUACAAAAAUGGAGGGAAACCACCCCAUUCCCUUUUCUCACAAAUCUUCUCUGUAAUUCAAUUCCAUUCGAACGGUUCUCUCUUCUCUCUUCCAAUUCCAAUGGCGGAAACCCUAAGCCCUAACCCCGCUCUGGGCCAGAAGCAGAGACUCCCGGUUGCCGCUCGUAUCCAAUCCCCCACCAGCCCCUUCUUCUUAGGCUCCAACGACGACCAGCUCGAACGCGCCCAGGCUCGCGCUGCACGCGCCGCCGCCAUCCGCCGCAAGGGACUCGCCGUCUCUCAAUCCUUCAACUCCGACGCCGAUCCCUGCCUCAACAAGCAGCAGAUCCUCGAUUUGUUCCAGAAUUGCAUCAAGCUCGCCAGCGAGAACAAAAUUAAUCAGAAGAACACGUGGGAGUUGAACUUGAUUGACCACCUUACUGAUAUUAUCAAGGCUGAAGAUGAACCUGAUGCGGAGACUAAUUUCCAGAAGGCAAGUUGCACACUUGAAGCUGGAGUCAAAAUUUAUUCAUUAAGGGUAGAUUCUGUGCAUUCCGAGGCGUAUAAAGUCCUUGGUGGGAUGAAUAGAGCAGGCCAAGAUGCUGAGGAAGACACUACUGCGGAGGGUGAUAACAUUGAAAGUGGACAAGAAGGAAACAGGAAAGAGACAGAUAAAAAGUUGUCGCCUUUGUCAACACUGGAACCAUCUUUUGAGGCUCUUAAUGUAAAGAAGUUUGACGCUGCAUUUGUUGUGGAUCCCCUCUAUCGCCAGACUACAGCAAAAUUUGAUGAAGGUGGAGCUAAGGGUCUUUUAAUGAACAAUCUCGGUGUAUAUGGUGGAUGUAGGGUACUCUUUGAUUCACAAGAAGUUCCUGCAAAGUGUAUGGAAGGCCAAAAUCGACAGGAUAUUUCAGAUACUAUUGAUCUUUCUUUUCUCAGAGAUUGUAUUGAGCAGAUGCUAUUGGAUAUUCAUGUGAAGGAUGAAAUCUCUCCAACUCUCAGCAUUAUAGUUAACCAAUUUGAUGAAAAAAAUAGAAGGCCAACUGAUUUUCAACUUCAUGGCCAAAAUUCAGCUGAAGAGUUUGACGCUGAUGUUAAUUGUGAAAAUGGGGCUGACAGAGAAGAAUAUGAGAACUGCACGACCUGGAAUGAUGAUCAUGAUGACCACGUAGAUAUGGCUGAUCUAGGCUCUAAUGAUGCAGAUCCAAGUUUUCCUAACUAUCCUCAGGAAAAUGAGCAAUUUCCUUCCCCAGACUCUGAUACGGAUGAAAGAUUGGAAAAUGUUGAUGGUUAUCUAUUCUUGAAUCUGGGUUUUAGUUCAAAACAAAAUGCAUGGGCAGGUCCUGAUCAUUGGAAGUAUCGAAAAUCCAAAGUCUCUGAGGUUCAACCUACUUCUGAAGAUGGGCCAACCCUGAAAACUAAGCAGCCAAGGAGUAAGAAACAAGCCGAAGUUGAUUUAGAUUUCACGGGUUCUCUGGAGAAGAACUUAUUAGAUAUAUUUGCUCCGCCCAAGAAUCCCAAAUCGUUACUUCUCCCUGAAAGCAGAGUGCCUUGCAAUACUAAACUUCCAGAGGACUGCCACUAUCAGCCAGAGGAUCUUGUCAAGUUAUUUCUCCUGCCGAAUGUGAAGUGUCUUGGAAGGAGGACAAAAAGGUUCUCAGAUGGAUCUAGAGAACAAAGCAAUGAGUAUGAAUCAUUCCCUUCCUGGGAUAAUGGAAGUGUUGGUGGUGGGGAGUCUGUUGACUAUGAAGGUGAUCAUCAUAGUGACAUGGAGGACCCUGGCACUCUUAUUAGUCAGCCUCGUCUGGUCAACAAAAUUGAAGUCCAGUAUGACAAAACGUCCAAACAAGUUGAUGUUCAGGCACUAAAAGUUACACUUUGGGACCAUGUUCAAGAAUCUGUUAAACUUACUUCUGAGGGUCAAAAAGAAAUGAUAUCUUUCCGGAAUAUGCUGGCCAACUUUCCUAGCGAAUGCAAUGCAGCUUCAAACAUUAGUGACAUCUCUCCUCAUUUGUGCUUCAUAUGUCUGUUGCAUUUGGCAAAUGAGAAUGGGCUUAGCAUUCAAAGCACCCCCAACUUGGAUGAUCUUGCAAUAUACCUUCCACAAGUUGGUGAUACUAUAAGUGAACCAGUUUAGAUACUUCACUCCAUUAUUCUUCAAUUCAGGAAUUAGAAAACAGCUUGAUGAUGAUUUUUUUGGUAAGACAAGUCUGAGAAAGCAUCGAAGGGAGUAACAAGUGUCUUGUUGUUAUGGUUUUGAUGUGCAUUUUCUCUCCUUGUGCAUGACGUACUCAACGCAUGUUAUGCUCUCAUUUGUACACCCCUACUCCAGAAUGUUGUUGUAUAUUACUCAGGCUUUAACGAGAAUUGCUAGUGUUAAAUAACGCACAGAUUGAUGGUGA